AUGCAUCAGGGGCAGCAGACUCCGGCUGCCACUGCAGGGUUGAUUCCGGGUAUCGUCGUGAAGGAGGACACUGUGAAGGGGAUUUUCACUGAGAAUAUUCAGACUAGCGGGGCGUACAGCGCCCGGGAAGAAGGAUUGAAGAGAGAGGAAGAUGUUGGGAGGCUUAGAUUCUUAUGUUACGCAAAUGAUGGGAUUGAUGAGCAUAUGAUUUGGUUAAUAGGAUUGAAAAACAUUUUCGCAAGACAACUUCCUAAUAUGCCCAAGGAGUAUAUUGUCCGUCUUGUCAUGGAUAGGUAAGAUAUAUUCUCUCUUUUAAUUUAGA